AUGGCUUUCCACCAAAGAUCGAUCAGUUUGUCUUCUAGGCCUCACGCCAGUGAGACCGAAGUCGAGCUAGAGCUUCAGAGCCUAGAAGCAAGCAUCCCUUCCUCUAAUUCCAUCAGCACAAUGUGCGAUGGUCUCAGGAGACUUGCAAACAUCUACGAUGUUCUUGAAGAGAUUAUUUGCCUACCAAGCAACCAAGUUUGCUCCUCCCAGCAGAGGAACAUAUUGGAUGGAGAAAUGGAAGGUUCUCUCGAGCUGCUAGAUCUCUGCAGCGCCAUGCAAGAGAUCUUGGUCGAGAUGAAGACCAUCAUCCAAGAGCUGCAAGUGGCCCUAAGGAAAGGGGAUGAUGCAGCUACUCAAGCCAAGAUCCAAUCUUACACCUGCUUGGUGAAGAAGGCCAAGAAUCUUCUCAAGAAGAACAUGAAGAAGAGUCCUGCACACUGCAAGAUGGUCAUGCUACUGGCUAAGGCCAGGGAGGUCUCUGCCUCUCUCCUGGAGUGCACACUCCAUCAGUUGUCGAAGCAAAUCGAAAUGCCCAAACAAUCUCUUGUUUACAAGGCAUUUCACAAAAAGAAGGCGGUCUUUUGCAAGGAGGAGCAAUUGUCGGAGUUAGAGUGCAGUAUCGGCGAUCUCGAAAGUGGAGCAGGGCAUCUGUUCAGGAAAUUAGUCCAGAGCAGAGUUUCUCUACUCAACAUCCUUAGCUCAUAGAUACUCCCAAGUCACUCUUGAGUCUUGACAUCCUCCGAUUGGCAUCCGGCUUUUAAGGAAUAGCUGAUCUUCAUACAAUUUUCGCACAAGUAUACACUAUACUGUACAAAUGUACAUGGUACCAUAGAAAGAGAAAGAAAAGUUUUGAUCCAUUUGACCAUUUCUUCCUUGUAGAUGUGUUUGUGAUCCUAGUAGUCUAUUUUGAAGCCCAUGGUUUGUCAAAUGGCCUCCACUUGUACUUAGCAGAAUCAAUCAAUUUUCUUGUCCACCGCCACCCAUGGCUGUGCAGUCUGGCAUAAUUAGUGCACUCAAACUUUAAACAUCGUCGA